UGAAAGAACCUUUGUGGACCAGGUGGAGCGGCUGAUCCAAGAACGUGGCUGGGAGUUCAUGUGGAAUGAGCGAUUGGGAUACAUCUUGACCUGUCCAUCUAACCUGGGCACUGGACUUCGGGCAGGAGUGCACAUCAAACUGCCGCUGCUAAGCAAAGAUAGCCGCUUUCCUAAGAUCCUGGAGAAUCUGAGACUCCAAAAACGUGGCACUGGAGGGGUUGACACUGCUGCCACAGGCAGUGUCUUUGACAUCUCUAAUUUGGAUCGACUUGGCAAGUCAGAGGUGGAGCUGGUACAACUGGUCAUCGAUGGAGUAAACUAUUUGAUUGAGUGUGAACGGCGUCUGGAAAGAGGCCAAGAUAUUCGCAUCCCUCCACCUCUUGUCCACAGCAAACAUUAGCUGCACAACAAACAUCAAUUCCUCAUCCCCAGAAGAUGACUCAAGAUCCUCAGGACUUCUGCUCAUUUAAUAGUGGCCCCAUUCUACUUGCCCUGAGCCUAUCCCUUCUUCCUUCACUCCCCCACCUCCAUCCUAGUAAAGACUCUAUGCUAUGUU